GAUAUCUAAGAAACUAAACCCCGAGAACCUAGUAGCUAGCACAUGUGAGUGAGCUAGCGGAAGGCAAAGUGGACAUGUUGUCCCGGUUAAAAAGCAAAGUUGGCUCGGUUCUGUUGCCGGGAGAUGAGUUCGCAUUGGAUCCCGUCGCCACCGGCGACACCAUCUCCUUAACGGCUCCUUCGAAGCCGAACAAAGUGGUUUGCGGACCCGGACUCCGGCGUAGCGGCGACUGCCUGGUGGUCUAUAAAAGCGGACUUUUGCGACACAAAGAACCUAACAUGUUCUGGAUUGAAGCUCAGCAGAAAAGGUACGUGGCCGCCAAAGGAGAAACGGUCAUCGGCAUCGUGACGUCCAAGUCCGGCGACGUCUUCAAAGUGGACGUGGGCGCCAGCGAGCAAGCCUCUUUGUCUUACCUGGCCUUCGAAGGCGCCACCAAGAGGAACCGACCGAACGUGCAGGUGGGCGACUUGCUAUUCGCCCAAUUGCUCGUAGCCAACAAGGACAUGGAGGCGGAGCUAGUGUGCGUGGACAGCGCGGGACGAGCCAACGGGAUGGGAGUGUUCGGAGCCGGCGGUCUUCUCUUCAAAGUCUCGCUGGGCUUGGUCAGGCGGUUGUUGGCCCCUCAGAGUGAUUUACGACAAGAGUUGGAGCAGCUUUUCCCUUGCGAGAUGGUGGUGGGGAUGAACGGUCGCCUGUGGGUCAAGUCUUCUAGCGUUCAGCGGACGCUGAUCCUAGCCAACUUGCUGGAGAGCUGCGAGAACAUGACGGCAGCGCAGAGGCGCCACCUCUUGACCAAGAUAGCCCAGGGGGGCUUCUAGAACCAGACAAAUUAUUGAUCAACUUUGAACUCAUUCCGCAGAGGUCAAUUUCCGCAAAGACGAGCCGGGGUACAUCACCCUAAUUCGGAAGGGUUGGCAUGAGUGGGCAUGUAGAUUUCCGGCUUGCUGAAAAUGUAUAAUGACAAUUUAUAAUGACAAUAAAUGCUUUCUAUUGUAUUCUGUUUUGUCUAAGAUGAAACUAAUGGGGCGGAUGGUGGGCAGGGCUCCGGUCCUGCACUGUGGCAGCCUCAGUUUUCGACCCGGGUGCCGCCAUGGUGGUACCCCAACCUGGUGGGGAUCCUUUCCUGCCGUGGGCGUACAGUGCAGGCCAAAAGUAUUGGCACCCCUGCAAUUCUGUCAGAUAAUGCUCAAUUUCUCCCAGAAAAUGAUUGCAAUUAAAAAUGUUUUGGUAGUAAUAGCUUCAUUUAUUUUUAAAGAUGUCCCGAUCCGAUCACGUCAUUUUCAAAGUAUCGGAAUCGGCCAAAAAAAUAUCGGACAUGCCUUUUUUUUAAUUAAAUCAUUUUCUAAUUGUAUUUGUUACAGACAAAAUGUCUUACAUUCAUCCAGAGUCUUUAGCUCUGGCUUAAAGUAGGGCUAUCAAAUUUAUUGCGUAAACGGCGGUAAUUAAUUUUAUAAAAUUAACCACGUUAUAAUAUUUAAUGCAAUUAACGCAUGUGCUGCACGACCCACUCACGCAUGGUCGCGUUCAGUGUUGUUAAUCUUACUGAAAAAAAGUAAUUAAUUAUAGUUACAAAUUACUUCUCCCAAAAAGUAAUUGCGUUAGUAACUCAAUUACCUGAAUGUAAGAGUAAUUAGUUACUUGGCAAAGUAAUUGGUGAUAAUUACUUUUUUUUUUCCCUCAGAAAAACAAAACAAAAAAACAAACAAACAAAAAAAACAUUGGCCACAUUAUGUGAAGUUUUUUGUGAAGGUAUUUGGUAAAAUUGGCCCGAGCCCAAUUCUUUACCCUAACUUACCCUUUACCCUGAAUCAACUGUUAAAAGUUGUUAAAAUUGCUCCCAUUAUUGCAUUAGUUCCCUUCUCUCUACUUUCGACAUAUGAAAGUUUUAAAACUGUUUCAUCAUUUAAAGAUAGAUUCAAGUCAAGAUUUUGCCGAUUUAGAAGUAUUUUAGAUAAAAAGUUACUUGGGUUCGCUAGGAAGGUUCUCUACAACAGAGCCGUCCUAAAAAGUACUGCUUUUAGUGCCAUGUCUGUCAUUUUGCAUCUAGUUAUAUCUAUAUACAGUACAUGUGAUAUCUACCAUGUCUACCAUAUCUACCAUAACAUGCGGGCGUAGUUUGUAGGCUAUCGGCUACAACAUGUAUUAUUGGAGCUACCUAGCAUCGCGUUUGCUCGGCGUCACAACUUUCUAGCCUCCUCCCCACUCCUGCUCUGCUCUGUCGUCUCGGUGAGUCCGUCUCCCUCAGAUUUUUCGACCAAUAUAGUAACGCAUAGUAACGCAUGCCUUUCCGUCCUCAGUAACGGGAACGGCGUUGCCAAGAUGAGAAAAGUAAUUAAUUAGAUUACCCACUACUGAAAAAAAUAACGCCGUUAGUAACGCCGUUAUAUUGUAACGCCGUUAUUAACAACACUGGUCGCGUUUAAUCAAUAGUGGUGCCGUUUUACCUAUAUCUAGAGCUAACAGGCACCGUAAAAUGAGUAGAGAGAAUUUUGGCAGCGACGGCGUUAGCAACAUUGAAGUAUGGAAAACUCGUUGCGUUAGUAAACGGCCGCCAUCUUAAAGCAGGAGACUUCCCUAGUAGGCUGUUGUGAACCUUCCAAGCGAACCUAAUUAACUUUUUAUCUAAAAUACUCCUAAAUCGGCAAAAUCAUGACUUGAAUCUAUCUUCAAAACCGUUUUAAAACUUUCACAUGUCAAAAGUAGACAGAAGGGAAAUUAUGGAAUAACGGGAGCAAUUUUAACAACUUUAACAGUUGAUUCGCAAAAUUAAAUGAAUUGAAUGUAGUUUAAAGCUGCUGAUACAGAAUGGGGACUUGAAUAUUUUAUUUACUGUUUUAAAAGUUUAACUUGAUACUGAAAUAGUCAUUUAUUUAAACCUGAGAGGCUUUUUAUACAAUUUUUGUAACUAAUGCACGAAACAUUAAAAGCAUCUAAUAGGUUGGGGGAUUUGUUUGGUAUGUUUUGCUUUUUUAAGACAGUUUAUACUGACUGACUAUGCCAUUUCUGUUUGUUAUUUAUAACGUUUUGUGUUUGUCACUGAAUAAACAGGUCAGUUUCUUGUUACCAACCGUUGUGUGUUAUUCAAAUUCACCUGGCUAGUUGUUAUCAAGAGUACUAAAACCUUUUUCAACAUGAGU